AUGUCGUCGUUAUUUAACGUGUUCCUUUUCAUUGGACUUAUUGCUGCUAGCUUAAGUAGUGUUAGGAUCAACGACAAAGGAGAAUUCGAUACAGAAAAAUCUACAGAAGUUAUUAAGAUGUUUUUAGCGGAUGAAGAAGCGCAAAAUAAGGCUAUAGAAGCAAUUAAGAUAUGCAGUUCAGUAAACGAGCAGUCGGUUAGCGACGACGAAGGCUGUGAAAGAGCUGUACUACUGAUUAAAUGCUUAGAACCUUUCAAAGAUCAGGUAAAACACUUAAAUAUAGUAGAGGGUUUUCAUCUUUUCUAA